AGCUUAUUCCGUUGUUUCACUUGUAGAGGGUACAGCCAGCGGCAGGCUGGGAAUGGGAAACUUGGGGAUGGUUUGGCUCAGCUCUGGAUCUGGUUCUCUUUUAACCAUAUAAUUGCCCCGCUUAAAAUCCACCGGCAGGCCAUGCCUCCAUGUGGCAGAUUGUAAGUUGCUAAGUAUCACUGACGAUCCCCAGAUCUUCCUUGGCACAGUCAGGGACGGAAAGAAGUGCCGACUUUCCCUUUUUUUCCCCUGUGCGUGCUCCACUAGAACGUUCAAAACUGUUUCUCCAAAGGGUUCUGCAGAAACUCAGACUGUUUUCUAAAGCAGAAGCACUGCAGUCCAAAGUGGAAGCAAUGGGCAGUGUGCGAACCAACCGCUACAGCAUUGUUUCCUCAGAGGAGGAUGGAAUGAAGCUGGCAACAAUGGCUGUUGCCAAUGGCUUUGGAAAUGGGAAGAGCAAAGUACACACCAGGCAGCAGUGCAGGAGCCGGUUUGUCAAGAAAGAUGGCCACUGCAACGUCCAGUUCAUUAAUGUGGGUGAAAAGGGGCAACGCUACCUAGCAGACAUCUUCACCACUUGUGUAGACAUCCGCUGGAGAUGGAUGCUACUUGUCUUCUGUCUUGCUUUCAUCCUCUCGUGGCUGUUUUUUGGCUGUGUGUUUUGGUUGAUUGCCUUAUUGCAUGGGGACCUAGAAAGAACAGAAAGACUGUGUGUCUCUGAAGUUCGUAGCUUCACUGCAGCCUUCCUUUUCUCCAUUGAAACACAGACGACGAUUGGCUAUGGCUUUAGGUGUGUCACAGAUGAGUGCCCCAUCGCCGUCUUCAUGGUGGUUUUCCAAUCCAUAGUUGGUUGCAUCAUAGAUGCCUUCAUCAUUGGUGCAGUCAUGGCCAAGAUGGCUAAACCAAAAAAGCGAAAUGAAACUCUCAUCUUCAGCCACAAUGCUGUAAUAGCCAUGAGGGAUGGGAAGCUGUGCUUGAUGUGGCGGGUUGGAAAUCUGCGUAAAAGCCACUUGGUGGAAGCCCAUGUCAGAGCCCAACUCCUCAAAUCCCGGAUCACUACUGAAGGAGAAUACAUUCCUCUAGAUCAAAUAGACAUCAAUGUUGGCUUUGACAGUGGGAUAGAUCGCAUAUUUUUGGUUUCACCCAUUACAAUUGUACAUGAGAUAGACGAAGAGAGCCCAUUGUACGACUUAAGUAAGCAGGAUAUGGACAAUGCAGACUUUGAAAUUGUAGUAAUAUUAGAAGGCAUGGUGGAAGCCACUGCCAUGACCACCCAGUGCCGUAGCUCAUAUCUGGCAAAUGAAAUCCUCUGGGGCCACCGUUAUGAGCCCGUACUAUUUGAAGAGAAAAACUACUAUAAAGUGGACUACUCUAGAUUCCACAAAACGUAUGAAGUGCCGAACACACCCCUUUGUAGUGCCAGAGACUUAGCAGAAAAGAAAUACAUCCUUUCUAAUGCAAAUUCAUUUUGCUAUGAGAAUGAAGUGGUCCUGACAGGCAAAGAAGAAGACGAGAGUGACAAUGGCAUGCCCGAAAGCACAAGUACAGAUACUCAUCCGGACAUGGACCACCACAGUCAAACAGGGGUGCCCCUAGAACCUAGGCCUUUAAGGCGUGAAUCUGAAAUAUGACUGAGACAAACUAUCUUCAGUAUGGUUAUAAAAUCGAUCUGUCAGCAUCGGGCAUGCUGUGCUGAGAGGUGGCCAUUUUGCAAACAACGGUACUGUUUCACAGAAAUGGGGUUACAGCCCUGAGGAGUUGGCCUGGACUGGUUUAAGUGCUGUCUUCAGAAGAGGAGUAGCAAAAGCGUUAACUUGGAAUGUAAAACACUAUGUCUAUCUGUGAUAGGAAGGCACAUAUAUGUGGUAGAAUAAAUUAUGUAUAUUUUUUUUACAAAACUUGAACUUGCAGGCAAGCUUUGGUUGAGUUUUAUCAUCUGACAUCUAUUUUUUUCCCAGAAUGCUUCUCUCUUGGAAACAAAAAGGUUUUUAAUGGCAUAACAAAGGCAUGAUACUGCCUUAUUACUAUUUUUAAAGCUGCUGCUAACUACACGAACACGAAUUGUAAUUUUUUUGUCGUAGUGUAGCUUUCAUUUUAUAUAUAUAUAUGUAUUCAUAAAAAAAGAGACAGAAAAAAAUACCCUCAGUGUUGAACUUGUCACUUUCAGAGCUCUCUGUCAAUCAAUCAAAAUGACAAUGCUGGGGAAUCUGAACUUCUGUUGAGGCCAGUAGUUUGGUAGAUAGAAUCAAUUUCUCUCUGAUACUAUCCAGUUACAUAAGGAGUAUUAUGUAACGCAAGGCCAUGCAGUAGCCUACAGCAAGAUUGUUUAAUUUGUUUUUGGGAAUGGGGUGGAGAUUCCCCCCCCCCCCGCCCCACAUGUAGAACAUGUUUUCAUUUCAAAACUACCUAAGUGAAUACCAAAGAGAAAAAUGCACACUUUUGCACAGUGAACGUUUUAUUUAAAUAGAACAGGCUGCUUUAACGACAUAAGAAAAAUAGGUUUGACUCAGCCUAUUUUUCCUCCCCAAAGGUCCUUACGUCUGGAGUGUUUUUCCAUGCACCUUAUAACAAAACAAAAGCUUAAGAUUAAUAUAAGGGUGUUCUUUCUGCUACCCUUCACCUUUUGGGGAAUAAACUUCUGAUUUUUUUUGGAAUUAUCAUUUUAUUCUAACAAAAGCUGAGUAGAGGGAAGUGAACAUCUGUUCUUUCCUGUCAUCUAAACACCAGCAAGACUGUGGCAGAAGGUCAAAUGUUAAGUCACAUGUACAUUCCAAAGUAUCUUCUAGAACAUGUAACCAUGUUACAAGUGAAGUGGCAUUUUGGGAGGUGAUUACAAUCCAGUUAUUUUUUUUUAGUCUGAUUCUAAUUUGGUCUUGCCAGACAUCAGCAAAACUAUUGAUUCAGUGAUAGAUACUAGCUUGGUGAGAAUUGACAGGUGAACAAUACAACAUUCUGGUCCUAGGAGAGACACAUGGAAUAAUCUGAUGUAGGAAUCUCUGUUCUGUGUGGGACUGCGUCUCAUUGCCAAGGGAAAGGUGAUAGAAACUUAGCAUAGUAGUUAUUCCAGCUAGUGUUCGAUGAAGGAUCCUCAGUUUGAAGGGAGCAAUACUGUAAAAGAGUUCCCGCUUUUUAAUUACUUGAUAUGCCUCCAUGGAAUGAUUAGUGGACUCAAUAUCUAUAUUGAAGCCUUUUAGAACUGUUACUGCAACCUUCCGCUGAACCAUGACUUGGAUGGUAUUUUUGGAUUUCUUGCCAAGAAUGCUUUAAAAAUUCUCUGUGCCUCUAAGAUCAAGUGUACUGUUUUAGCUGCACCCAUAGGUUACAAAUGUGUGAGUUCUCCAGUAGGGGAGGAUUGACAUGGAUCAAAAUCCAACUCUUUUACAGUAUUGAAUCUCACGGUAUGCCAUUAAAAAUAACUUGCUCUGGUUCUAAUUCAGUUUUGGAAAUCAAUAUUGGUGGAUGAUUGUGGCCUCCAAGAGGGAAAAUUGCAGUUAUGUGGCAUUUUGCAGAUAGUAUAAACUUAACUUUGAGUUGAAUAGGGAAGUUCUACGCUGGAGCACUUGAUAGUGCAAAUGCAAACAGGUUGUUUUUGCUUCGUCAGGCCAGGUUGUAUAUAUGUACUAUGUACUGAAGUUAAAAGGGGUGAAUUGAUAUGCAAAGCAACCUAAUUGGAGUCCCUGGGUCAGAGAAACAAUGAAAUCAUUUGAACGCAACUCAUGCUGCUACUGUGAUAUUCUUGCAACAGAAAAAAAAGUGCAAACCAAAGAGUAUUCAGUGAAAUAUGAAAAAAAGAAGGGAGGAAACUAUUCAAAAAUGCACAAAGUUCCCACUUGCAAGUCUUGAGACAUUAAAGGAAAAGGUGGAUUGAGAAAGUGUUGAAUAUUCUUUUUAAAAAAACAGCAACAACAACAGAAGGGAUUUUUGAAAAAUCAAAUUUUCUUUCUUUUCUUUUUUUCUGGUGCAGAGCUGACUUUUCUUUUCCAAGAUGCAGGGUUUUGGUGUGUUCAGAAUAUUUUUUAAAAAAACAAAAAUGUACAUUUUUAUAAAAUUUAUCAAGUAUUUUCAUAUUUAAAGCCAAAUGUAAAUAGGAGUCAGUUUUAAAAAAGAGAUUGACAGGCGAAAAGGCCAAGAUGGCAUCAGUCAGAACCUACGAUGCUGCUGGUUAGCAUGGUUUUUGCAAGCCUUAUGGAGUUUCUAGUGCUAUGACUUUUUUUGUUAUUUAUUUAGGCAUGGAUUUUUAACUUGAUUGUUUUUUCCCCAAGCUAUUGGUAUUUUACCAGCUUUCAGAUUGCUUGAGAGUGGAUAAUCUGUCGCACUCUUUGAAGGAUUUUUCUUCUUCAAAUAACCCUUUGUCUUUACCUGUUGGCUUCUGCAUGUUGCAAUUGCUAGGAUAGAAACUUGCAUUGUGUAAUGCGUAUCACGGCACCUGCCAGCCCUGAGUUGGUCAGUUUGAAAACUGAACAUGCUGUGGGAGGUGCAGCCUAGGUUCAGUAAUCAUUGUGAAGCUACGGAUAUAGGGCAUUUUUUUAAAAAGUAGCUGAUAAGGGGAAAUUGUCAAAAGUGUUCAGCAGUUGAAAUCUGUGAUGCAAUUGUCAGUCACUUAAAUCAAUGGGAUUUUUUUUUCCUCCACUGACUUCAUUAGAAUGUGGAUUGCACACUUAACUCACAUUUGUGGGUUCAGGACUUAAAGGAAAAGUAGUUAAUUUUCCUCUUUUCUUAAAUACUUGAAUGGAGCCCCUUUUCUUAUAUGGAACUAGCAUAAUUUUACACAAUGGACAAGCAAGGUAGACUAUGAACUCCCUGUUAUUUCUCAUCCAUGACAUGAUGUGCAAUUUUUGCUAAGAAAAUUGCCGUGCUUUAGACACACUGCUCAGCCACAGGGACCUUUGGUUUCUGACUCUUGAUUUAAUUGCACAUGCUUUCAUUUGGCAAAGACAAAGGAUUCUGGUAUUUUAGUUCUCUUUUUGUGUUGGGGGGGAUUACAAGGUAAAAUUGAAAAGUACUGUAAUGUCUUAAAAAAGCCGGUUGCUGCUGAACAUCUUCAAGAUAGGAGGGUGCUGCGUCGUUCCCUUCUCGUACAUGAAUUUUCUGUUCUGCAGCAGUUCAUAAAGUGAACAAACCAAUAGGCAUUUGACAAUCGUUCUCCCUUACUGUUUUCCUGUUUGCAGCCUUUUGUAUCAAAGUCUUCCUGACAUACUGCACAAAUCAUGGAUUGUACAGAUUUUUUUUAUAUAUAUUAUAUAUAUAUUGUCUUAUUUUAUUAUUUCUAAAUAAAUAAAAAAUAAAGUA